AUGAAGUCAUCACAGAGUCCAGCAUUCAAACGCUUCCUAUCUGACUUUACACUCGGUUUCUCAGAUGGACUUACAGUACCUUUCGCCCUGACGGCUGGGCUCAGCUCGCUUGGAAAGACGGAUACUGUCAUCACUGGCGGAUUGGCAGAGUUAUGCGCUGGCAGCAUCAGUAUGGGAAUUGGAGGAUAUCUCGCAGCACGAGACGAAUGCGCACCUUGCAAACCCAGGAACAAAGACUUGGAGAAUUUAAGGGAGAGCUACGAAAGGAAUAGCGAAAGCGACUGCAUGGUUGAACAAUCCGAGAAGAUCCAGAUGCAAGCGGAGGAGCUGGUACGGCAACACCUCGAGCCUUUGGACCUCCCGAGUUCAACAGUCACGACAAUCCUCAACACGAUUCAACAAGAGCCCUCAGAUCUCCAACGCGUUGUAUCACGCUUAAACACGUUAAAAGAUGACGUAUCGCCGUCACAACCAACACCUCAGUCGCCAAUUUUAUCUGGCCUCUCGAUAUCGCUAGGCUACACCAUCGGCGGCAUCAUUCCCUUAUUUCCCUACUUCUUCACCAGCACAGUCGGCCUCGGUCUUCAAUGGAGCUCUUGUCUCUGUCUGUUGGUAUUAUUUGCCUUUGGAGCUGGAAAGAGCUACAUCCUACAAACAGGAGAUGCAUCAAUGCGGUCGUGGAUGAUCGAAGGGUUUCAAAUGUUGAUCCUGGGUGCUUUGGCUGCAAUAGCAGCUGUGGCGUGUGUCACCUGGGUUGGAGCAAAUUGA